AUUAGAAAGAUUACCGAUCGUUGUUCGUCGAAAUGAUUGCGGGAGAUUUCGAAUUGAAGUACGCAUGUGACCGAAUUGGUUCGGUCGGUAAAGUCGCAUUAGCUAAAGGUACUGUUAUGAUUCUACCAUGAGGUCCAAACAGCUCGUAUCGUCGUGACGUUGAAGUUGAUUUUCAUCGAGAUUUACGAAAGUUUGUUUGAAAUUUGAAAUAAUGGCAGCUCAGCGUGCGUUGCCGCAAAGUAAAGAGGCUUUAUUGAAAUCGUACACAACGAGACUGAAAGAAGAUGUAAAAUCAAUGUUGGAAAAUUUCGAAGAAAUCAUAAAACUGGCGAAAGGAGAAAAUGAUUCCCAAUUAUCUCGGAUGACACAAUGCGAACAGGAUACAUAUGAAAUGCACGUCAGAGCUGCAAAUAUCGUUCGCGCAGGAGAAUCUCUGAUGAAGCUGGUUUCAGAUAUAAAGCAGUAUCUCAUACUCAACGAUUUCCCCUCUGUAAAUGAAGCUAUAGCACAGAAUAGCAAGUUAUUUAGAACGAAACAAGCCGAGUGCGAUCAAAAAUUAGCAUCUUUACGAGACGACAUGGCUGCCGAUUUAUACGACUUGGAAGAGGAAUAUUACACAUCGAUAUACAAAUAAUAUAGACUUUAGACUUUUUUAUGAACGUGCAAUUGUGUGUCUGUCUGAAUCGUGGAUUAACUGAAAUGUAAUGUAUUUGUUCAGUAAGUUGUAUAUAUAUUUAUUUGAAUAAAUAAGAAUAGUUUUGAUAGUA